GUAGUCGCGCGGCUGUUUCCUCGAAGAUUGAGUUCCAAUCGAAUUCUAGAUGUGCAACUGAGGAUAUCGACUAAAGCGUCGAGCCUGACAGGAAGAAGACGAUUCCAUUUGGCCCCUUAGGGGUUCGUCAAGCAACGUUCCCGUGGAAUUAAGUUCCCUCACGAGCACAGAGCAAAAAUGCUCCCCUCUUUCUUGAAGGUUCCCUCAAUAACGGGUGCCGGCCUGACGUCUAGCGGUCGGAGGAGCCUGCUGCGAUAUUUACAUCAUUCCACAAAGAGAAAACUUGUUCUCGGAAUCGAAACCAGCUGCGACGACACAGGAAUGGCUAUCGUCGAUGAAGCAGGGAAUAUCCUCGGCGAAGCUCACCACUCACAGCUCAGAACCCAUGUUCGUUUCGGAGGAGUGCUGCCCCCGCUCGCAAGGGACUUGCAUAGGCAGAACAUCGCAAAAGUUCAUUCGGACACUCUGAAGGCGGCUGGCGUGGACCCACGCGAAAUCGAUGCGGUGGCAGUCACGACAAGACCGGGCAUGGCUCUGAGUUUGGGGGUCGGCUUGGAGCACGCGAAGAAAUUCUGCAAGGAGAACUCCCUCCCGUUGAUCCCCAUCCAUCAUAUGGAAGCCCAUGCUUUGGUCGUUCGGUGCGAGAACCGCUCUGUGGACCUUCCAUACCUCGUACUGCUGGUGUCCGGCGGUCAUUCCCAGGUAGCCGUUGUCAGGGACGUGACGGACUUUGCGUUGCUCGGCAGCACGAUAGACGAUGCGCCAGGUGAAGCUCUCGACAAAAUAGCCCGGCGGCUCAAACUGAGUAACCUCCGAGAAUUUCGGGAACUCAGCGGAGGGGCCAGUGUAGAACUUUUGGCCAAACGAGGAGAUCCGAGGACGAUGAAGUAUCACCAACCCUUGUCGGACCGCAAGGAUUGUAAUUUUUCAUUCUCAGGUUUCAAAUCGAUGACUACAUCUCAAGUGAUGCGGCUCGAGAAGGGGCUCGGAAUCCGAGGUGACGCAAUUCUGCCGAACGCGGCUGAUAUUUGCGCCAGCGUGCAAUACUACAUGUGUUUGCACAUCAUGAAGCGAGUCUUCCGAGCUAUCAUGUUCUGUCGACGGAAAGGGAUCGAUUUCGGCGACCGUCUCGUCAUAUCCGGGGGAGUGGCCUGCAGCCUUUACCUCCGUGCGUUCAUGAGGCAGCUGUGCGAAGCCGAAGACGUCGAACUUUUCGUUCCGCCGCCCCGUCUCUGUUCAGACAAUGGAGUGAUGAUCGCCUGGAACGGCGUCGAACGGCUACGGGUCGGCGAAAAACCUAAAUCCCCUCAUGAGCUGGACGAGCUCGGAUUCGAGCCGAGUUGCUCUCUAGGGGAAGAUCUCAGAGAACAAGUCUCCAGGGAAUGCAUUCGCAUCCCACGCUUCAAAAUCGACCUGGUCAGAUUGCUCACCGAAACAGGUAACAUCCAUGCGAGCGGAUUCCCCCCCGAUAGAGGAAUUUCGCCGAAGAGAACAAGCAAGGACCUUGCGGAACAGAUCAAAUUACUCGAAGUGCACGACAGCGAAGAUACAAAGACAGCUGAGUUAGCCUGA